GGACGACCCGCUCCGCCUUCACAGCCCAGGAAAACGUACAAUAGGGUCUCCCGAUAUGGUAUGCCCUUCCUCGAUGCCGUCCUCUCCGUGUUCGUGAGCCGACGCCAUGGGGAUGAAUGCGGCCGCGAGGGCUAAUACGGUCGUCGUCGCGGCGGCUGCUGGGAGAGGAGGGAGUCGAGAAAGGAGGCCGUGUCGGGCGGCGGCGGGGGCGAAAGCGACGCUGCUGCCGCCGCCGCCGCCGGGCUGGCGCGACGAGUGGAGAGUCAUGGUCGCGACGUUUUUUCUUCUUCGUCGUCCUGUUUCGUAUCGAGCCGACCAGCUGGGGUAGGCCCCUGGCGGGCGUCAAAGGGCGGUGGCGUGUUCAGGGGCAGCCGUCGAGUCGGGUCGGGGGCGUUGUGGGUCGGGGCGUUGUGUGUCGGGGCGUUGUGUGUCAGGACACGCGGUUCUGGGCUGAUGCCACUGCGACGGUGGGAUGGGACAGCAGCAGGACAAUCGAAUGUCUGCCGCCGGAGCUGCUUGGAACGGAUGAAGUAAAAAUGAGCGUAUGGCGUGCAGUGCAGUGCGUCGGUCGUGCGUGGUUGGCGCAGCAGGAAUGGCGAUCGAUCCGUCCGGCCUUUUCGGAAGUCGAGUCGAGGAAAAGUGUUGCGGUGAUUGCCUGCCUUGGCCCUCCUUGCCUGCCACCUGGCUUGACUCCAGGGGGCACCAGCAACAGUCGGCAGCCUGAGGCGGGAGCGUGCGUGCCGCAUGAUUGGCCAAUGGCAGCCGUGGCCGCGGGCCUCGGGUCUCGGCAUGCUGCUGGCUUGCUGGGCGGUGCCUGGAGCGAUGCAGCUGCCCAUUCCAGGGACGCGAGUUCAUGCUUCGCCUCGUCUUUUGUUGUCAAAAAAGACGAGCUUAUAACUAAUAACAACCCGUACACGGUGUUAGCAUUUUUAGACCUCGGGCCGUUGACAUAGACACAUGUGCAAGGUGUCAAGGUUCCCAAUAUGCAUGUUCAAUGU